GUGCAUGUCAGAUGCUUUGUGUGAGUGAGAAGGCGAAAAAGCAAGAAAGAGAAAAGAUGUCUGGAACUCAGUCACUCUGCUGCCAUGUCCACACAGCCACCCGGGUCUCGGCUAUCCUCUAUUUGGUGUUUAAUCUGCUGGUGGCUGUGGAUUGGACUGUUGGAAUAAUCAAAGGAAAAGAUCCAAUCACUGUCUCAUAUACUGAAAUGAAACAUACCCAGGGCAACUGCAUGUUUGACAUAAGCACAAACUAUGUCUCUUUGGUACUGAUGUCAUUCUCCACUGUGCUGGUCCUGUUGUCUCGUCGUAAGGGGCCAAUAUGUGUUGUGCCAUUUGUGCUGUUCAUGUUUAUUGAAGUGGCUCUGGGUCUUCUUUCCCUGUUUGAUUCUCGGAUUGGACUGCCUGGAUUUCCCACAUAUCUAGAUGCACUGCGGCUUGCUUCAAACCUAAAAGGCGGUGCCAAGUUGGAGGGGUUGGAGUUAAACCGUGUCACCAUGAUAUAUGGUGUUUUCUUUGUGAUGAACAUCUUGCUGAAGGUUUACAUGCUUCAAGUUUCAAUUCGUUCUCUAUAUCUGCUGAAGGAAGAGCGAAAACCAGCCCGCACCAAGGAGGACAGCGCUGUGAUGGUGAAACUGCCCUCUUAUGAUGAAGCUGUGAAGAUGAAAGCUAAGGCCAUGCCCCCUACUUAUCAAGAGCCUUAAAACAAAUAGAGAGCACACUCGCGUCUUAUGUAUCUCACUUUGUGCAGAUAUGCACAAAGUGUGCUAUAUGUAUUACAAAUGUAUGCACAAAUUCAUAGACAAAAUAUGCUUAAGUCUUAACAUAAUGAAUACGGACCUGCUCUAUUAAUAUAAUGUUAAUUAUAUGAAGCCGUUAUGAUAAAGCCAUUAUGAUAGGUAUUGACAUUUAUUUUUUACAAAAGAUGUUAUGGAAUGUGUUAAUAGGUCGUCAUUUUGAUCAGCGUUUGAACCUGAACAUGGCCUGUAUGUUUUAAACCACUGUCAAUGUUUACCACCAAGACCACAGAAGUUCCACUUUUUUCAGCCAAGAUCUAAAAUCCUAUGCUAAAAUGGGCACAGGCUUAUCAAAAUGGGACAGUUAAAGGUCUGAUAAAUCUUAUUCUUUGCUGCAUCAUGCAGAUGGGGUCAGAAUUUGACAUAAACAGUAUUAGUCCAUGGAUCUAGCCUGUCUUUUUCAACAGUUUAGGCUGCUGCUUCUGCUGUAAUGAUAUGGGGAAUUAUAACUUGGCAGACAUUUGGCCUUGUAAUACCAGUUGAGAAUAUUUAGAACCACAUACCUAAUCUAAAAAUUGUUGCUCUCCAUGCAUUUCCCACUUUGCCCACAAUGUACUGCUCUUAAAAUACCUUCUAUCAAUAUAAUAGUGCUUCAGUGUUUAGUGUACUUCCCAGUCACCAGAUAUAAAUCUAGUAAGCACCUGUGGGAUGUGGUUAAACAAACAAAAUCACAAUAGGCAAAAUCUGCAGCAAUUAAGAACAAUCUAAAACAAAUGUAUUCAAUAGCUUGUUUAAUUCAUGCUAGAAAGAAUUCCUGUCUGAGACAAAAGUGGUGUAUUGCAUAAUAUAACUAAUUCAUUAGUUUCUAAUGAAUUGUUAAGUGUAUAUACAAUUUAAGUGUGCAACAUUUUCUGAAUUGAAGAAAGCAUUAUUGAGUUAGCAGAGGAAAACAUUUCAACAUUGGUGUUUUUGUACUGUGUUGAGUCACUAAAAUUUGAUUUGCCAUUUGCAGCCAUCUCAUUAGUAAAUGUUGGGGAAUUGUGCACUGGACUAAAGAUUUUUUGUUGCAUGUUGCUCACUUACCAUGCUGCAGCUUUAAUAAACAGCCUAAAAU